UGAUUCAUGUUUCGUCACAGAAACACACCCACUUCCUGAUUGUAACUGACUAAAAGCGUGCAGUAGUCACAGACAUCUCCAAGUACCUGCAAAACAAGGAUUUACAGAUUUAGUGGACAUCUUCAGCCAUGCAACAAACACCAGAGAUCACUAAAGAUGUUCAGGAGGUGCAUAAGAACACUCUGAGAAGCUCUCUUCUAAGUUCAGUUCUGCCCGACUCGCUCUUAGGAGGUCAAUCUGUGAUCGGAAACGGCCACUACACACCCGUCUCACUGCGUGCAUGUGAGGGCGAGUCUGGAGAUUUGGACAUUUUGGAAGAUGUCAUAUCUCGAGAGUUUUCUCCAGGAUCUGAAGGGCGUAGAGUGGUCCUCUACGGCGGUGUUGGAACGGGUAAGACUACAUCGGUGGAAAAGGCCCUUUGGGAUUGGACGUCCGGCACACGCCUGCAACACUACAAACUUUUGCUCCGAGUGUCCGUCAGUGAGCUGAAAGCUCCCGGAGAGAAACCUGUGAGUCUGCACAGCGUGUUAGCCCGUACACACUCUCACUUCUCCGCAGAGCAUCUUUCCCUCAUCCUAAAGUGGCCUCAGUCUCUUCUUCUUGUGUUUGAUGGAUUAGACGGGUUCAAGAACCUUCUGUCCACUCCGCCGGCCUCUUCGAGUCUCAUCUGUGAUGCACAACAAGAAGGAUCUGUCUCUGCAUUGUUGUACAGUCUGCUUAACGGCUCGCUGCUUCCAGACGUUUCAAUACUUGUCACGUCCAGAGAACCGCUCAAACUGAAGUCAUGGGAGAGUUUUGAGGUGGUCGGGUUCUCUCGGACCCAGAGGAGAAUGUUCUUCCAGAGGUUCUUUGAUGAUGAAAAGCGAGCGGAGAAACUUGUUUGGCACAGUGAGGAGAUGUUGGGUGUGUCUGAACAGUGUUUUCGUCCGGCCUUUUGCUGGACACUUUGUAACGUGUUCAAAACUCAGUUUGAGAGUAACGGUACCCCACCCGAGACCCUCACUCACCUCUUCGGCAUUUUCACCCGCAUGCUCCUGGAGAAACAGAAGAUGACUGCCGAGCAAACCAGAGAGCUUGUGUCCGGUUUAGGCAGACUUGCUUGUCUUUCUUCUGCCCAAACGGUUUUCUCCUAUAGUGAGGUCACAUCUUGCGGCCUGCUGCCUUUUCUACGCUCCCCUGUGCUCUCUGAUGUCCUGCAUAUCUGUGGUGAUGUCACUUCCCCUGAAACCACAUUCUCUUUCCUGUCUCUUUUGAUGCAAGAGUUCCUAUUGGCUGUCUCCUUUUACAUCGACCAUUCCGAACAUGGGGCGAAAGGAAUUUUAGAGGAGCGCUCGGCUCUGUAUUACACAUUUCUGGCAGGGUUGUUGGACCCAGGCCAGCGCAAAGAGAUGGAGGACUCCGUGAACAGCUUUGAUGAGAGUCGAAUCUCUGAAUUUUCUCAGUGGUUGAUGGACACUGCUUCCGCAACCUUAUGUAAGGUUGAACUGGAGGAGCAUUUCCGUAUUUUGCGUCUUCUGCAACACACGCGCAAUACAUCUCUGGUCAAAGAAACUCUCAGUAAGAGUCGAUGGAGGCACAUCGCCUACAGUGACAUGCAGGAGGAAGAGUGCAGCACGCUGUCGUUUGUAGUGAAUUGCUUGGGCAAGUUUGAAUAUAUGAACUUAUACAGUGCAAAACUCACAGAGGAGAAGGUUGCGAGACUGGCACCAGCAUUACGGCUGUCGGAGAAGAUCAAUCUGUCACAGAGCCAUCUCAGUUUGGCCGUCAUCACCCACCUGGCAACAGUGCUGGCUGAUGGCCGGAUAUCCUCGCUGGAUAUUUCCUCCUCAACACUGGAAGAGGGGGCAGUUAAGACCCUUUGUCACAAACUCGCACACUCCAAACUCAAGUCACUUAAGUUAAAUGGAUGUUCAUUGACUGCAGCUGAUUGUGAAGCGCUGGUUAAGAUGCUUUCUGGCGCUUCUGAAUUGCGUGAGCUGGAUCUGUAUGGAAAUAAUGUACAGGAUCAUGAACUCAUUCAGCUCAGUGCGCUGGGGAACUGCAGACUACACAAACUCAAUCUGGAUUCAUGCUCGUUUAGCGUGGCAUCGAUGGCUGCGCUGUCUUCAGCUCUGAACGGUGUUUUUUCAGACCUUAAGAUGCUGAACCUGAGCAGAAACUCAUUGGACGACGAGGGAAUGGUGAUGUUGUCACAGGCGUUACAGACAGGACCAUCCCGUCUCAACAGUUUGAUAAUGUUUGACUGCAUGUUGACUGGCUCCUGCUGCUCCUCACUGGCAGCCGCCCUCCAAUCAGAACACUGCUGUCUGACUGAGCUGAACCUGUCCGUCAACGAACUCGGCCAAUCAGGAGCCUUGCUAAUAUGUGACGCCCUGAAGUCCUCCAAUUGUAGACUACAAAAAUUGGAAUUGACAAGGUGCGAGCUCACCGAGCCGGUGUUUGGAGCGAUGGGAAGCAUUUUGAUGUCCGGCGUGUCGAAGCUCAUCAGUUUAUCAGUAGGACUGAACUCAGUGGGGGACACUGGAGCCAGACACAUGUGGGAGGCGCUGAAGCACCAAAGCUGCAAACUUCAACACCUGGAUCUAGAGAUGUUGUCGCUGACAGAUGCUUGUGUUGAUGAGUUAUGUGAAUCUGUCACUGCCAGCUGUACUUUAUCAACCCUCAUCCUUAAAAACAACAAUCUGACUGACGCUUCUAUUCCACGAUUGGUUAAAUUAAUGCAAGACUGUCCAAUAAUGAGCGAGCUGAAUCUGCAGUAUAAUGACUUCACUGAAGAUUAUUUUGAGUUGAUGGAUACCUGCGAAAAAAUACGCUACUAGAGAAAAACACAUUUGGGUGGAACAGAUGGACGCUUCUGCAUGGCUGGAACAUCUAUAAGAGAAUCAUCCCGGCGAUGCUUUCGGAAGCAGAUGUGUAAACUACAGUAUUUAAAGGAAUACUUCACUCAAAAAUUAAAUUCUGUCAUUGUGUAUUCACCUCGAGUUGUGUAUAAAUGUAUUUUUCUUCUGAUGAACGCAAAGGAAAAAUGUUUGGAAGAAUGCUUAUAACCAAACAGAUCUCGACCCCCAUUGACUCCCAUAGUAGUAAAAAAUACUUUAUCGCGAAGACGUUUUGAAGAAUGUGGGACAGCAAACAGUUCAGGGGCACUUUUGACUACCAUGGGAGUCAAUGCGGGGUCGAGUAUCCCUAUAAGACAUAGUAUAAACUCAAAUUUUGACAUUUCAAAUUAUUGUUAAAACACUCUCAUUUUACAUUGAAUGUAAAAAUAAACAAUGUUGGAUGAUUUUUCA